AUGCCUGCUAGUACACCAAAUAGUCGCCGAGGAAAGAAUUCCUCCUUGACAAUCGUCCUCAAGCUAUCAUCCAGCUCCCUCGCCCAGUUCGUCCAAACCCCAGAACAAAAAGACCGCUCGUCGCCAGCCUCCUCCGACCACCAAGUUCGCCCAUCAUCUGCCGACAACGGCUCCGACGACGCAAAUUCCACUCCCGCCACGGGGGCAACACCAGGCGACACACCGCGUCGGAAAGGGGUCCCGGGCCCCAAACCAGGCAACAAGCGCCCAAACGGUCAAACAGACUCCAAGUCGCGCGGACGACCAGGUCCCAAGAAGAAGCCCAAGCUUGAAGAAGGCGACAAACUCCCCGCCGCCCAGCGCCUUGGACCAAAAGCCAACACCGGCGCCAUAAACGCGGGUCUGCGCGCCCUCGACCGCACUGGUGCCGCAUGCCGCAAAUGGGAACGCAAGCCCCUACAGCUCCGCAGCUUCACCGGGAUCAUGUGGCAGCUGCCUUCAUGGCGCACCCCGGGUUUGUCCAAGGAUAUGGAUUCCAGUGAGAGCAAGAUGCUACCGGAGCUUAGCAGUGCUGUGCCCAGUGAGAAGAGUGGGGAUGGGGAUGUGACCCCUGCGCUGAUUGAGCCUUCGUCGCCGGCGAUUAUGGCUUGA